ACAAAUGCGCAAGUUCUUUAAAGGAUAAUUCACACAUAGAGCAGAAAAUGCUACUGUACUGCUAUGUGGGUUCAAAGUCAUGUUGUAUUUCAUUUCAGCAAAAGGUGUUGAAACAUAUUAACUGGUACAUUCUUUUGUGAGUUUGGCUGUGAAUGGCCCAUAUCAGAAAUAGGCUUAUAUUUCAUAUUUAAUACUAGGCUACACAGUAUCCAAGGUAACGAUGCAGCUAUAAAGCCCAUCACCGGGGUAACAAGUCAGACCGGGCUUGUAUCCUCCAGAUCCCGAAGUGCUUCUGAGCAAUAAACAGUCAUUGAAUCGACAUCGGAGCAGUCUAUGUGUCUUCGUUGGAGUCAACUGCUAACUGUCAGCCGUUUGUCCACCACCAUCAUCACAACACAAUGCAGAGACUGUAGGCUGUCAUUAUUAUCAGCCAUAUAAAAGAAACUUAACGGGGCGUUAUAAGCUGUGAAGUAUAUAUAGUCAGAAAAGAUAAUCUCCCGUCACAAUAGCAUUUUGCUUUCCUUUUUUUUUUCAUUCCAAAAAAAUGUAGCCCACAUUUUCCAGCCUAAUUACCACCGCUGGUCCAAGUCAGAGAAAUAAAAUUAAAAAAUAAGGUUAUUAUCCAGCAUCUCAUGAGUCACAGAACCCAGUGGCCCAUCAUCUAUCCAACAUUGCUCUAACUGUUUCUCAACAGGGGAUGCAGGUUUAGGUGGGCUACUGUGUGAGCAGUAAGAAAACAAGCGUGGUUAGACCUGAACUCUACAACAUCAUCCUAAAGCAGACGAGCUAUGUACAACUUCCAUACCCCAUAGCAUCCACCACCCCACCCCACCCCAUCCCGUUCCCCGCUCUGAUGAAAUGCGAGAAGUGCCGACGCAGCAGCGCAUUGAAUGAAACUCUUGACGGGGCUUCUGCGAGCUACCAGCAGCGCUCGGCUGAGACUUCAUGAGGUACUCUCCCACUGCAACCGCCAGCCUGAGAGACUCUGGACUCUGUCAACAGGCAACAUGGCCAAAGUGAACAGCGGUUCCUCCGGUUGCCGGGCCAUGGUCAUGGCAGGAAGGUACCUGUCGAGCCCGUCUCCCCCGGUGCUGAUCCGCGGUCCCGGCCAGCAGCAGCGGAGGAUGUUGGGCCCCCAGCGCCGCAUGAUGAGCUCCAACGCGGCCGGCACGGGAGGAAAAACCGCGGCUUUGGCCCAGCCGGAGCACCUGGGGUAUUUCUCCGCUUCAGACCGACAAGUGUUGGCCAACCGGAAUCUGAUAUACCGGGACGUCAAGGCUUUUCUUAAUGAAGUUGGUGGGGACCCCCAGGAGGCCCGGUACUGGCUGACCCAGUUUCAGAGAGCGACUUUAUCUCAGUCUCCUGCUUUUGCUGUACUGGAGGUGGACAGCUCAGUGUUCAACAGUAGGGAGAUGGUUCAGAGGCUGGCCUUCGGGCUCACCUUCCUGCAGAGGAUGGAUAUGACGCCUGUGGUGGUGAUGGGCUGGUCUGAGCACGAAGAGACAAGGCCCGUAGAACCGGUGACUGGGGCUCUGGGCACCGGGGGGCUAGUAGAGCGGAGCCAGCAGCUGACUGAGGCUCUUCAGCAGCACUCAGGCACUGUCCUGCCAUUCUUCUCGGCCGAGUCCUUCCUCCUGCUGCAUGAAGCACCACGUGGAAGCAGUGCUCCACCCUCCAUUGCUGUAGAUACCAGCCUCCUCCAGUGGAGUCUGAACUGUGGGACAAUCCCAUUGGUUUGCCCAGUGGGAAGGGACGGGCAAGGUUGCUCGGUAAUAUUGGACCCGACGGAGGUGACAGCAGCCAUUUCCCGAGCCCUGCAGCCCCACAAAGUCAUGUUUCUGAACAACUCAGGAGGCCUGCGCAGCCAAGAACACAAGGUGCUGGGCACAGUGUCGUUGCCUAGCGACCUGCCCAGUCUGUCCAUGGCGGCAUGGCUGAGCGGUGCAGAGCGACGCAGAGUGACCACUAUAGCCAGACUGCUCAAUCAGCUGCCAACCGAGUCCUCUGCGGUGAUCACCUCCGCUGACACUCUGCUGACUGAGCUGUUCAGCCACAGAGGGUCUGGGUCACUCUUUAAAAAUGGAGACCCCAUACACCGGUACAGCUCUUUGGAUGGGAUCGAUGUUGAGCGUCUUCUGGCUCUCAUCAACAUGUCGUUUGAUAAAACUCUGAAGCAAGAUUACGUGGACUCUUUGAAAGGACGACUGCACUCCAUCUACCUCUCUGAAGGCUACAGCGCGGCAGCCAUCAUCACCAUGGAGCCGGUGAACAGUGGCACUCCCUACCUCGACAAGUUUGUCGUGAGCAGCAGUAAGCAGGGCCAGGGCACCAGCCACAUCCUCUGGGAGUGUAUUAGACAGGACCUAGGCAAACUGUUCUGGAGGUCCAGAGCCACCAACAGGAUCAACCCCUGGUACUUUAAGCAGUGUGAUGGCAGCUUUGUUAACGGUGUGUGGACAGUCUUCUGGUUGGGCCUGACAGACAUCAGAGAUUCCUACGAGUUGGUGGAGUAUGCCAAGAAUCUCCCUGACUCUUUCCACACCUCCUCUCUCGCUGCCUCUCAGCAGCCCCCCCCACCACCUACCGCAAGGUCCUGAAAUGCUUCUUCCUAGCUGCUGCUUGUGCAGCUCUUCAACUGGAGAAUAUGAAGCACUGUAAUUCUUAUAGCCCCAAGGCUCUGAAGUUUUCUUUUUGUUCAGCCCUAGAGCUAUGGACUUUUUCUGUUUUGAUUUUUUUCUUGGGUUUCUCUCUACCUUGAAACUUGAAAACCAAAGCUACAGUGUUAUAUGCAGUAUCUUGACAAACUAUAAAUCUUCCUCUAUUUUUAAAGCUGGGGUUAGCUCUAAGUGUAUUAGUGAUUAGAGCUGGGGAUAGCAUUAAGAUAAUGGUUAGGCAUGGUUCCAAUAGUGUUCCAGAGGCAUUUCCACUUUGCCAGGAAACAUCAAGACCAUGUUCACGCUAAAGCUUAAUUUGAAAAAGCAACUUUUGCGCUCUAUUUUCGCCUUGCAUCCGCAUUACACUAAAAAAAGGUGUUUUUUGGAAAUCCUCUCCUAAGUGAUGAAUUCUUAAGGUCAUUGUACUGUGGACCAGGAAAACUGAGCUUUUCCAAAGUGAUAUCUGUACUGUAUGCCUUCAAAAACACAGCCAGGUUCUGUAUUGCCUCCAUAUCUUUUUGGGUGAUUUAUUCUAAAUGCCAAUUUAGUUGCAUUAUGGCGAACAUAGGAUCCAGCGUUUUAAGAGCUGGUCUCAUACAAGGAGCUAAAAGUUAGGAUAUCUUGGCUUCUGCUGCUUUGUUUUUGACCAUUCUUUAUUUAAUGUGACUCUUGCAAGUGCCCUCACUUCAUGGAAGUGCAAUACUAAAUAGCUGGAGUACCUCUUUAAUCUGUAUUAUGUUGUCAUAUAAAUUUACAAGCACAAAAUAGUGACAAAUAACAGGUCGUUUACAACAGGUCAACAGUUUUAUAACAGGAAGCACUUAAAUGCCUGAGGGUGCAAUAUCAGCAUCAUUAAAGUGCGCCAGACCAAAUACUCCACAACAUGUCCAGAUCUGACAAGGUGCUAUUUCCUAAGAUGAUAAUAACAGUAAUAAUAUGCUAGAAUAGCAUUUUUCUUAAUGUUACAAAAAGCUGUAUUUUUUUACUCAGAAAUUGUAGCCUGAUAACACUGAAUAUGCUGUUUUCAGUUCAGGCUAUUUUCUUAUUUGCUUGAAGCAUUUUCGGCAGAUGACAGAUUUUCAUUCGCCAGUUGUGAUCAUUUGCUUAUUUCUUUAGUUGUAGCAGCCUUAAUAAACUAUUUUCCUUCAUAGUGGAGGUCAGUUCUAGUUUUUGACCUGUUGGUGGAGCCUUCAGAUCAGCAGUGUUUAUGCAGGAUGAGGGAUCUGGUUUACUCCAUUACUCUGGUAAUGUUUACACCAUUUGUAUUUUGUUCUUUCUUACCUUAGCUAUCACUCGAUGCUUGUAGUCCAUCACUUGGCAAGCCUGUUUCUGAGCAUCUCAAUCAAACUCUGUAACAGCCACUUCAGUAAUAAAUGUAAAAGCUAAAAGGCAAAUGAAAACAAAAGGACAAAUGUGAGCACACCCAAGGUUUCUGAUAGUGGUAGAGGAAAUAGUGAAGAAUGAAGUGACUCUGAUUUGUUUGCUCCUGUAUCAUUCUUUGAUUGUUUGAAGAAAUAAUUUUAAUAAAUCUGAACACUUCAAUAAGAACUA